AUGGACUACAGCAGCGAACCAGAACACUCAGAGUUACUCGUGGUGCAAGCACAAGAGCCAUUCAAUGCGGAACCGCUGUCCGCUGCCCUCGUCGAGUUCCAGCUGACUCCUGAAGAGCUCGUGUAUUGCAGAAACCAUGGACCAGUCCGCCAGUUCUCUGAAGACGAUUGUACGCUCACCAUCAGAGGAAUGGUGGACAAUCAAGUGACCUUUUCGAUGAAGGAUAUCAGAACGAUGUUUCCGCAAACACGAGUAGUUGCAGCGCUACAAUGCGCCGGAAACCGACGUAACGAGAUGGGUGCUAUCAAACGUGUACAGGGCGUAGGUUGGGACGACGGUGUUAUUGCCAACUGCAGCUGGGGUGGGGUAAGACUCUGUGAUGUAUUAACGUAUGUCGGCAUCCAGCACGGCGAUGCACAUGUAUGCUUCACGUCGUACGCUACACUGUGCCAGGAUGACACGUACUAUGGUUCUUCUAUUCCCGUUGAGAGGGCGAUGAAGGUUGAGAAUGAUGUUCUAUUGGCUUUCGAGAUGAACCACGAGGCAUUGCCAGCGGAACACGGGGGACCUCUACGCCUCGUUGUCCCGGGUGUCUUGGGUGCCAGAUGGGUGAAAUGGCUUGAUACAAUCAUUGUUUCUCCAGACGAGUCGCCCAAUUUCUAUCAGCAGCGAGACUACAAGAUCCUUCCACCAACCAUUGAAACCAAAGCUGACGCAGAAGAUGCGUGGUCCAAACACCCUGCCAUAGAAUCCCUUCCACUGAACUCGGUUGUCGCUGUGGCAGUCUACUUUCCCUCGUCGUUGUCUCUCUUUGUGAAAGGAUACGCCAUCCCGGGGUCUUCGGGAAACGUUGCAUCCGUUGACGUAUCCAUCGACGAGGGCGAGAGCUGGGUUCCGGCAAAGAUAACUUAUCAGAAGGGACGAUGGAGUUGGACACUUUGGGAAGUGCAGGUAGCAGAUGUGCCUCAAAGGGGUGUGGUUUGCUCUCGUGCUAUUGAUGAACAUGGAAGGGUACAAAAUAAGGAAUGUACGUGGAAUAUGAGAGGCGUAGCGUAUAAUGCUUGGGGACGAAAGAGUUGGUAG